AUGGCUGAUUCAUCCUCCACCUCUAUAACCGAUACCCAGAAUUUUGAUUUUGCCAAUUUAGUUUUUCUCAAUGUUGCUACUCAAGCACCUAUUCGCCUUACCUCUGACAAUUUUUUCACAUGGAAAGCUCAGUGGGAUGCUCUUCUCUAUGGAUAUGCACUCACCGGUUAUGUUGAUGGUUCUUUAGUGUGUCCACCCUCCUCCUCUAAUCUGGCUUAUAUGUAUUGGACCCGUCAAGAUCAACUUUUGUUUGGAUCCUUAUUGGCUUCCUUGUCCCGUGAGCUUGCUCCCAUGGUUGCUACAGCCAAGACUUCCCGUGACCUUUGGAAUAAACUCUCUGUCACCUAUGCUAAACCAUCAAGAGCACGCAUUAUCCGGCUCCGGGAGAGGCUUGUUAAACCUCAAGGAUCUCGAAAUAUCACAAACUACAUGUUUGAUAUUAAAGGGGCAGCAGAUGAACUUGCUUUGCUUAAUGCACCACUCAAAGAUGAGGAAAUAACCAUCUAUGUUAUCAAUGGUCUAAAUUCUGAUCUAAAAGAAAUUUCUGCAGCUAUUCGUUCAAGAGAUACUGAAAUUUCCUUUGAAGAUCUACAUGAGCGGCUGUUGGAAUAUGAGGCAUACCUACAUAAGACAGAUUCUCAGAUCCAUGAUGAUUCCCUUGCUGUUGCUCAUGUUGCCAACCGAAACAUCAACUCUUCUAAUUUUGGUCGUACUUUUUCCAAGAAACCAGUUUUGUGA